AUGGCGCACGAGAGCUGGGCCACUACUAGCUCAGCUUCGACCAUGGAGCUGCCCACCAGACCACCUACUGGAUUGCUCUUCCGCGACUCUGUUAAAGGCGACAAGUCUCGUUCUUGGGCGAAGCGCAUUUCAACGUUCAGCAGGAGAAGCGGACGAGUAGGGCCUCCAACUCCGGCAGCCGUCGACCUUGAAGCCGCACGAAACGCAGAUGCAAACACAUGGGAGCCGUUCGAUGAGCCUGGAGAUCACCUUCGAUCGCCUCCUCGCCAGGAGCAUCCGAUGCCAGUACUACCAGAAGCCGAAGAAGAUGCAUACUGGAGAGAUGGCUUGAGAGACUGGAUCGCUGCGCAGCCUCCGUUGGUCGAGGGUGAUCAGCCAGCGACCACUCUGCCUAUACCGGGCCCACAACCAUUUGACCAGCCGUCAGCACUUACACCUUCACCAAUCGGACUGGGCAUCUCUUUGCCGCCUGGUGUCCACUUCGCAACGCCACCAUACCCAACAUAUCACGAAGACAUGACUGGCAUUCCCACACGCCCAAUGUACGCAGGAACGAUCACAAGCUCAGCGAUUGAAAGCAUUUAUGAUGCAUACACCGAAGCCGCACGUCCGCCUUAUCAACCUGACGGAAGCACUGGACGUCGAUGUACUCAUUUGCGAUGCUCAGGAGCUCCACAGUCGCACCGCACAGAUCUUCCAUCAGCCUCCUCCACCGCCUCCUCUGUAGCUGACUUCGAGAAGACGAACAUCAGCCCCCCAUCUCACCCUGCCACGGGUCUCAACGCCAUCCCCAUCGCAACAUCAAGAGGUCUAUCCGACCUCGAGAAGCUAAACAUCAGAGGCUUUCCUUCUCCGGGGCCAUCGUCGGACGAGCACAGCGACACUGCCGCUGCUCCCAGGAGCACGGUUCAUAUCACGUCUAAGAGCAAGCUAUGCCAGGCGAGGCUGUACCGUCGACGCCGACGUAGACUUGUGAUCAUUACACUGUCUGUGCUCGCGCUGGUGUGCAUGCUGUCAGGAGUAGUUGCUGCUCUUGUUACGGCAGGGAGGAAGGAUAUCGAUACUGAUGCUGCGAGGAAGGAGGUGGGAUUUGGGGUGUCGUUUGUGUAG